ACAUUUUUUCCGAACAGUUAAGUUAAUGCUGAAUAAAUGCAGUCUUUGUUCUAGAACGUUGAAGAAGGGAAACCAAGUGCUUGUGCGAACAAAAUUUUAAAAUUGAAGUCAUAUAAUAAAAAAAUUAAAAUACGAUACGAAGAAGCAACAUUUCUGGAUUAUUUUUACAAUCAAAAAGGAAAAAAAAAGAUAUUCUUUCGAUAGCGAAAUGAGUCUUAAUCGACUAAAUUCUUAUAAAACUAACACCAUCGAUACGAAUGAGUCGCGGUUGAGACGACAUGAGGUUACCGUGGAGUUGCGCAAAUCUAAAAAGGAAGAUCAUUUGCUUAAACGACGCAACAUAAAUGAAGAAGAUGUAACAUCACCGAUCAAAGUGUUGUCUAAAGUUGCAUCGCCCCCGGACCCGUCCGUCGAGCACAUAUUUGAUAGCAUGCGUAGCGUGGAUCCUGCGAGACAAUAUGCUGGCUUGCUAGCGGCCCGCAAAUUAUUGUCAGACGAAAGACAUCCACCUAUUGAUUUAAUGAUUGAUAACGGGAUUGUUCCGAUUUGUGUUCAGUUUUUGCAAAACGUUAGAUACCCUCAUAUACAAUUUGAGGCUGCUUGGGCAUUAACUAAUAUAGCUUCCGGUACUAGUGAGCAGACAGGUUGUGUUAUAGCAUCUAAUGCUGUUCCUCACUUUGUAAAGUUAUUGCAAUCUGAAUACAUUUAUGUAGCUGAGCAAGCCGUUUGGGCUUUAGGUAAUAUAGCCGGUGAUGGCCCUACUGCUCGUGACUUUAUCAUCGAGCACAAUGCAAUUGAUGGCAUUUUACGAUUGCUGGAUAGGAACUCUACUUUAGCUUCUUUAUCAUUGGAACGUAACCUUGUCUGGCUAAUGUCUAACUUGUGCCGUAAUAAAAGUCCAUUGCCUCCAUUCAAGGAAAUUAAGCGUUUACUGCCCGCAUUAUCAAAACUAUUAUGGGGCUUCGAUGCACAAGUAAUAACCGAUACUUGUUGGGCAUUGUCUUAUCUGAGCGAUGAUAAUGAAAGCAAAAUACAAGCAGUAAUUGACGCGGAUACUGUGCCCCGUUUGGUAAGCUUGCUAGAUACCGAUCAUCCUAAUGUUAUUGUACCUGCUUUACGCACUAUCGGUAACAUUGUCACCGGCACCGAUCAGCAAACCGACAUCAUUAUCGCAGCGGGGGGCUUACAAAGACUGAAAAAACUACUUAAAUAUUCAAAUCAUAAUAUCGUUAAGGAGAGUGCUUGGACUGUAAGUAAUAUAAUGGCGGGAAGCGCAAAACAAAUACAAGAUGUUAUUGACGCUGAUAUAUUUGUGGAAUUGUGUGAUGUACUGCAAAAUGGUGACUUCAAGUCGCAGAAAGAAGCGGCUUACGCUGUAUCGAAUAUGACUACAAGCGGUACAUAUGAACAACUUGUGCAUAUAAUCGAAAAAUAUCAGAUAUUGAAACCGUUCUGCGAUUUAUUGGAAGCAAAGGAUCCGCGCACCAUUAUUGUCGUCCUAACCGGUUUGAUGCAGAUAUUCGCCAUGACUGACGUACAGAAUGCUGUAGGCGAUACCGAACGUUUAUGCGUAAUGAUAGAAGAAACAGGCGGAUUAGAUAAAUUAGAAAAUUUGCAACGACAUGAGAACGAGGAGAUUUACAAGAAAGCAUAUUUCCUCCUUGAUACAUACUUUAGCGAAAAUGAAAAAGCCGAAGUUAAAUUGAUUCCGCGACAAACUCAUGGAGGAUUAGAAUUUACAAUGGAAAAACUCGACAUUCCGAAGGACGGUUUUACUUUUUAAUCAAAAUAUAAAUUCUUUUCCUUUCUGGCUUUUUUCUUUUUUUUUUUUUUUUUUUUCGAACAACUAUUCAAUAUACAUACAAAGACUGAUUUUCAUCAUUUGCAUAAAGGAGAUUAAGACGAGAAAUCAGCAGUCAUCGUUUAUAGAAUUUUAUCUUAGCAAUAUUGUUAUUUAGCAAGAAAAAAUGUUUUCAUAAUUGUUGUUAAUUUGGAAUUAUUGUUUCAUGUAUUUUUUUUUUUUUUUUUUUAUAUAUAUAAUUGUAAUUGUUUUUUAAAAUUUUCAUAUCAUUUUGCACAAUUCGCAAUCCGCUAACCAAUUAAUAAUAUAUUCUCUAGAGAAUUUGAAACAUGAUGAAAGAAAUAAUUUAUGAAAAU